ACAGGGGGCGCCAGCGGGUCUCAGCAGCUCGAAGAAGAAGAAUUAGAAGCGCUGGAUUGACUCUCUUGUUUUCUACUCGGACAGCUAAGCGUAGAAAGCAGAGCUAAAAACUCAUGGAGGAGCCCUUCUGGCAUUAAAACAAACAACCGCACUAAAGCAUUUAAAGCUAAGUUAGCAGUUUGACAGCUAGCCGAGCAGCGGGUACAGGCCGAGAGCCAACAUGGACUCUUGGGUUCGCUUUAAUGGCCAGAGCCAAGCCAAGGAGAGAGUUUUCAGGGCUGCACAGUAUGCUUGCACGCUGCUCGGAUCCACUCUGCAACAUGACGAAGCAGCUGAGGUCCGCAGAACUGUCAGUCAGCUGGAGGCACACAUGAGUCUGACAAGAAAGUUGCUACGCCUGGGCAACUCCGUGGAGGCCCUGGAGGCCGCCAAAAGGGCCAUACACCUUUCUGACAGCGUGCUGAGGCUCUGCCUGACCAUCAGUCACCUUAACAGAGCCAUGUACUUUGCCUGCGACAAUGUGCUGUGGGCAGGAAAAACCGGUCUCAUCUCCAAACUCGACCAGCACAAGUGGAGUCAGAGAUCUUUCAGGUACUACCUCUUUGCUUUGAUCCUGAACCUGACCCGAGAUGCCUACGAGCUGCACCUCCUCAUGGAGCGCGAAGCACGUUCCAGAACCAGCAAACAGCCAUCCUCCCCCAGUAUUCCUCUCCCACCUGACCACCUUUCCUCUUCCUCCUCACCUGCCACACAAGCCAUGAAUUUUGGCUGGCUCUACAGACAGCUUCAUCUGGUGGGGACUGUGCUGUACAGCAACCCGCCACUGCUGUUGGACCUGGUGAAGAACAGUUGUGAUAUCUUCAUCCCACUGGACCGGUUGGGGAUUUACCCUACAGGUCCAGGCUUUGUUGGGGCUUGUGGCCUGGCCUCGUCCGUCCUGUCCAUCCUCACCAUGGUUCACCCCUGGCUCAAGCUCAAACCAUAAAUUGUAAGACUUGGAGGAGAUAUUCAUUUGAGGACUAGCAAGGAUUGAGAAAAUUCUAAUGGGGUUAACAAAAUUUUUUUUCCCCCGAUUCUACACAAAGCAGUCCUGACUACGUGAGCCGUUGUACUGCCACCAUGCUGUGUGAUUGAGUUCCUUCAAAUCUCUUGAGUGCUACUGAAAAGCUGAGGAGUUUCUAAAAUGCUACAUCAGUUUCACAUAUUAUUUCAGACCUGCAUGAACACGGUCGUUGCUUGGCCUUAGAUCACACUGCUGCUUUACAACCCUCGCUUCCCUCAUGUGAGGCUAAACCAUGUUAGUUGCUGCCAUUCUGCACAUAACCAUCACAUCUCCAGCUCUCUAUGACCGUGUCCGUAACAGAGUAUAAUCAAGGCAAUAUUGUCUGUGGACAUCACUCUAGAACGUGUGAUUUCUACCCUCUGUGUUUAACGUUUUUAUAGGAAACCACCUUUCGACAUCAUGUGAUUUUACCGUCUGCUCCCAGCAAGUUUGUAUUUUAGAUAUUCUUUUCCAUUUUGAACUACUAAGUGACUUAACUACUGGAGAAAUAAAUCCAAAGGAAUUUGAUUUGUCUGAAUCACUACAGUAAAGUGUAACACGACUAGAUCCAGUUGAUACAUGUAACGACUGGAUCUAUUGCAUUUGUAGCCUUCCAAAUUCCACAUGAACUAUUAACAGUGUUUGUGCAAAGUCAGACCAACAUCAAGAAUUAGACUUCUCACGCUGAUCUAUGCUAAUGAAAGUUGUGUCAGAUGUGUGUUGAACACAUGAGUUUCUAAGUAAAUAUAAUUCUCAGUGCUGUUGACACGACAUCACCAGUAACAACCCAUCCAAUCCACACAUGCAAAGAACUUGACUACAGAUGUCCAUAUAUGAACUUAUGUGUAAUAAUGAGAAAUGAAUCUGAAAAAGAAUUGAACACAUGAAGAAAGGGAGGUGCAAAAAGGCGUGGACAGCCAUGACACCAGCAGAAAUCUGUCAGAAAUUAGAAAGCAGUCCUGCAAAUUAAUAUCAGCUGGUUUAGUCCCAUUGAUGGCCUGUGUCACACAAAAAUCUCAUGAUGGGUGAAACAAUUGAGCUUGCAAAGACCUUCGCAACCUAAUUGUUGCAAAACAUACUGAUUGCAUUGGUUACAGAAUUAUUUCUAAACUACUGAAAUAGCCAGUGAGUGCUGUUGGGCCAUAAUCUGGAAGUGGAGAUUCCACAAUAAGGUGUGGCGCAAGAUUUCAGAAGAGUGAGAAGAAUUCUCAGAAAAUUUGUCCAAGAGCCGAGGAGCACCUGUGGAGAGCUGCAGGAAGACCUGGAGUCAUCAGAAACAAUUGUUUUAAAGAAAACGAUGAGUAGUGCUCACUGUUUAAAGUUUGCUGAACAACAUUUAGACAUGCCUGUGAAAUACUGGGAGAAUAUAGAAUAUAUAUAAUAUUAGCUGAGACCAAAACUGAACUCUUUGGAUGCUGUAAUGCACACCAUGUUUGAAAGGUGCUACAUAUCACCCCAAAAACACUGUACCAAGUCUGGAGGUGGGAACAUCGUGGUGUGGGGCUCUUCUUCAGCACACUGCACUGAAAUGCCUGAUAUAAUUGAAGGAAGGAUGAAUGGAAAAAUUGACAGAGACAAAAUAAAAAUUGCUGCCAUCUAUCAGGAUGUUAAAAUGAGACUGACGUCUGAAAACGCUCAGCUGGUUUCACAGAAAGAAAAUAAAGCAUGGCCCAGCCAAUCAGCUGACUCGAAAGAACUAACCAACAGUCAUUACCAACAAAGGGUUUUGUACAAAGUAUUAAAUACGUUUCAGUGACCUUGU